CUAAAAUAAACCCCCCGGAUCUCUCCUCUCUGCGCAUUCUCUGCUUCUCUGGACAGACGAUCGUUAUUCGAGUGAUGGCUUCGAAUGGGCUCAACCUCCACUGUUCUUCGUUUGCUCUUUCUCGUUCACGAGGACACUAUGGUUUUCACUGUCUGAAUCCCUUCAUGACAAAUGGAAACAUGCCGGGUUUAAUUUCAAGCCCCAGUAACAAGUUGUGCUUAAGUUUCAAAGUUGAUGGCAAAGCUCGAGCUGUGCAGAUAUCUGGAGAAGGCAAUUUUCUGUCUUAUUCUAGCAACAAAGCAGUUUCUGGACUUGGUAAUGAUGACAAACAGGCAAACCAACCAAAUGGAACUGAGAUACAACCUGAUGCAGUAGCUUUUGCAACAUUAUCUGCAGAAAUAAUUCCCACAUCAAUGGGAUUUCAUUCUGAUGAUGAUGAAUUUGACUUGGAUCGCCCUACUGAAGGAUUUUCUUCAAUACCGGAGGCCAUUGAAGACAUCCGUCAAGGCAAGUUUGUAAUUGUUGUCGAUGAUGAGGACAGAGAAAAUGAAGGGGAUUUGAUAAUGGCAGCAUCACUGGUAACACCUGAAGCUAUGGCCUUUAUUGUAAAGCAUGGUACUGGAAUAGUUUGUGUGAGCAUGAAAGGUGAAGACUUAGAGAGAUUACAACUUCCGCUAAUGGUUUCACAGAAGGAGAAUGAUGAGAAACUUUGCACAGCUUUCACAGUGUCAGUGGAUGCAAAAUAUGGUACUACAACAGGUGUCUCAGCUCGUGACAGGGCAACAACAAUUUUAGCUCUGGCAUCAAGAGAGUCAAAACCUGAGGAUUUUAACCGCCCGGGCCAUAUUUUCCCGCUGAAGUAUAGGGAGGGAGGAGUUCUUAAAAGGGCUGGGCACACAGAAGCUUCGGUUGAUCUAGCUGUGUUAGGUGGGUUAGAGCCUGUCGCAGUUCUGUGUGAGAUUGUGGAUGAUGAUGGCUCCAUGGCUAGAUUACCAAAGCUUCGCCAAUUUGCACAGGCUGAAAACUUGAAGAUUAUAUCCAUUGCUGAUUUAAUAAGAUAUAGGAGAAAAAGAGAGAAAUUGGUGGAGAAGGCUGCUGAUGCUCCGAUACCGACAAUGUGGGGCCCUUUCAAGUCAUAUUGCUAUAGGUCACUGCUGGAUGGGAUUGAGCAUAUUGCUAUGGUUAAGGGAGAGAUUGGAGAUGGACGAGAUAUUCUUGUAAGGGUGCAUUUGGAGUGCCUCACUGGUGACAUAUUCAGAUCAGCUAGAUGCGACUGUGGGAACCAACUGGCUUUGGCAAUGCAGCAAAUUGAAGCCGCUGGUAGGGGUGUAUUGGUGUAUCUCCGUGGACAUGAGGGGAGGGGAAUUGGUCUGGGCCACAAAUUACGGGCUUACAAUUUACAAGACGAUGGACGUGAUACAAUUGAAGCAAAUGAGGAGCUGGGGUUACCUGUUGAUUCUAGGGAGUAUGGCAUUGGAGCCCAGAUACUACGAGAUAUUGGUGUCCGAACAAUGAAGCUGAUGACAAACAACCCUGCAAAAUACGUCGGCCUUAAAGGUUAUGGUCUAGCAAUUGCAGGCAGAGUUCCAUUGGUAACUCCCAUAACUAGGGACAACCGGCGAUAUUUGGAAACAAAACGUGAGAAAAUGGGGCAUAUCUAUGGUUUAGACAACAUUGGUAAUUUAAAUGGUACUAAUGUACAUGAUAAUCACAGAGCGAGUGGUGGCGGCCCCUCCGAUGGUGUAUCUGAGAAAUAACCAAUGGUGAAAUAGUUUUUGGAAUUGCAACCAAGGGAAACAAAGUACAAAGAGAAACAAAGAUGUCACAUGAAAAGAUCAUCAAGCAGCCUCUUCAGUGGUGAAAUGUUGGCUGGAAGAGUCCUAGACGAACACUUCCAACCUUGGUGGUAAGAAGGCUCAAGCCUGGCUCGUUCAAGCCUGCAAAUGAGGCGAGCUUUAAAGUUCAAGCCUGGCUCGUUCAGAAUUAGGUGAGCCCGAGUUCAGCUCGAACACUUCCAACCUUGGCGAUAAGAAGGCUUAGAGCUAACCCUGCAAAUGAGGCGAGCUUUAAAGUUCAAGCCCGGGUUGUUCAAAAUUAGUUGAGCUCAAGCUCGGCCUGAACUCAAAUGAGCGAGCUAUAGUUGAGCAAAUAUAAACAAGUCGAGCCCGAGUGAAACAUGAUCUCUCUAAGAAAUAUUUUAUUGAGUAGUAGUAGUAUAAAUUAAUAAUUGUAUCCUAAAAUGUAACAUGUAAAAUUAUUUUUGUAUUGGUUUCAAUCAAGCACGAGCCUAAAAUUUUGGUCCGAGCUUGCUUAACAUAAUGCAUGUGCGAGCUCAAAUGAGCCUUUAUCAA